GCUGCUCUUGUAAGUCUUUCAUUUGCAUCGUUUGUACUCGUACUGCCUUCCAACGAGGGGAUGCCUUGAGCCUCGGAAGAAUCGUCGGUCUCAGCCAUCAUAGCCUGAUUUUGAAGCCUCAACUUCAUCGGAAGAGUGCAUGACUCUGGCGCAGUGCCUAGGAAUGUGAUGUGUAGAAUGAUCGCAGCAGCUGUUGAAGAGUUGUUGGGUGAGAGUGGUGAGGUGGGAAGUUGACGCCCAGGUCACUUGGGAUUUGGAGAUGAACAUGAGUUGGUCCGUGCACCAAGCAAGGUCGCGGGACAGAGAGCUCCUUCUCCAACUGCGGAAACAAAUCAUGUGUUUGGUGGGGCAGUUUGUUGACAUUGGAACCUCCAAAUUCAACAUCAACACUGGACAUUAAACCUUCAACGUCGACCGUCCGCAGAGCGCAAUCUCCACACCCAAGAGAUCGCAAAAGAAGAUACCGCCAUGUCAAUGCUCGCAAUCCACCUCGAGCAGAUAGCUCUCUCCUGCGAGGGCAUCGACUCGCUCCCCUUCCCGCCCCCCAAAAUCUUCACAAACGCAAUGCUGUACAACACCGACAUCACCUCCCUAAUUCGCGACACCGAAGCCCACGAACGCGCCCUCUUCUCCGUACCCCCACCCCCACCACCGCCAGCAACAUCAUCAUCCUCCCAAAACCAAGAAGCGAAACCCACCACCUCCCGCCGCCAAACCGUCUUCAACGUUGCCUCGGGCGAAGUGACCACCGGCCCCCCGCCAGGAACCUCACGCGCAGCAGGCGGCGGAGGCAUAGGCGGCCCCCGCCGCCACACCGCCGUCUCCGCCGUCCUCGGAGGCGACCUCCACGCCCAGCUGCGCCGCGGCGAGCGCCAGGCCGCAAGUAAAGGAGGCGACGUUGACGUCGAGGUGCUCUUGCAGGGCGCGACGAAGCUGUGCGGUGUGUAUGCUCUUCCCGGCGCGCUCGAGCGGAUUCCGCAGCUGAGGUCGCGGUACGCGCACCAGACGAAUACGCUGGCGUACUAUGAGGCAAAGGUUGCUGAGAACCAGGCUGCGGUGGAGAGGAUGAAUAAGGAUCAUUGGAUGGGGGAGGGCGAUGACGAGCAGUUUGAUGACGACGAAGACGAAGAAGAGGAGGCGGGCGAGGAUGUCAUGACGGAAGAGGAUUUACGGGCCGAGGAGGAGUUUGUGAGGGAGCUUGAUAAGAAGAAGCGGGAGCUGCAACAGCGGUUGCGAGCGAUGGAAAAGGAUUUGGGAGCAUUGCUGAACAUGUGAUGUUGGUUGGAAAACAGGAAUGAGGACAUUAAACGAGGGCGCUUCUACUACCAUGGUUGUUUUACGACAUGAUACCCCAGAA